AAACACAAAAUAACAUAACCCUAAUUCCGGAUUUCCCUGGGCUUCUGGUUCUGCGCCUCUGCUUCUCCAUCCGAUCGAUCAGUCCACAGUCCACAGUUCCUCGUCUUCGGUCUCUCUGCCCGCGCCGGGCUAAUGUUUGCUGCAAUAGAAUUACAGCAGCGAAGAUAAAAGAAGAAAGGAUUGCAAUUAUGCCGUCUCUUCAAACAGCGCUGCCUCCUGAACUUGCCAAUAACACCAUUCGACUCUAUCGCGAAUGUCUUCGUCGAGCUAAGUAUAUUGGUAGUAAGCAAUACAACACAAAGCUGCUCAUUGAUAUGGUAAGGCAGCAGUUCAGAAACAACAUGCACGAGAAAGAUCCAGAGAAGAUUCAAAAGCUCAAGGACGAUGCUGCAAGAGGCCUCAUAAAUCACAUGUUAUACGAGUCUGAGCAGUUGAGUGGCCGGAAAUUCAGCAAGAGCUCAUAGAGGAAGCGUUUAAACCCUCGCAAUGGGCAGUUUCAAAGCAUCGUCUCAUUGUUCGAAAGUUUCAUUGUAUUACUACUAUUCUACAUAAAUGAAACUAUGAAACUCCAUAGCUAAUUCUUGAAGUAGUGCUGCAGGAUGGACACCUAUUCUCGUGGUUUUAUUUGAAUGCUGAACUGAUCAUAACAUGAAUAUAUUUUCGAUAUUUCAAUAUA